AUGGCACUCCAAAUGAGUAAUGAGACCUGGCUUUACCCUGAACACGUCGGGGCCAUGUCCAUCGGUACGGCUCCUGCCAUUGUCUCCGACCACCCAGCGAUUAAACACCUCUCUACAGCUGGGGACACACCGUGGUCACAGUUGUGGGCUUGUGAGUCGCCGCCUCUACAACUAGCGGACCUCACCAAGUUUGACGACGAUCGCCUGCGCUCCUUCGGACCUUUCACCACCAAGAGCACCACCGGCGACGCCCGUGACGCCCGCAACACCCGCGUCCAUCUAUUCGUCUACUUCUACGUCGCUUUCUGGAAGCUAUACACGCCGCCGCGUACGCCACCCGUCGACGAGGCCCCACUGUUUCCUGGCAUCUACAGCGACUAUCCGCGAAUUCAUCCGUCCGGACCUGAGCGUGGUCUUGUCAAGGAAAACCCCGAGGACGUCGCGCAGCUUGUAUUCCCACAUCCAGAGCAACAAGAGUUGAAAACCCGGCUACUGCGAGACGUCCUCGACUCGAUCUGGUGGCAGCAAAACCAGCCGGAGCCUAAAGGCAUAUACAGCCAAUUCAUCCGGAGGAUUAAUAAUAAGCUCUUUGAGUGCUUGUCUUGCGGCAAGAAGCUCAAACGCCAGGACCGGACCAUAGACCACUUUCGUACCCAUGUCUCUCAUAGGCCUUUCCGCUGUGACGGAAGGCAGGGUUGCGGCGACAGGCAUUGCCGGCUCUCUUUCUAUACACGAGACUGUCUCAAGUCUCAUUGCUCAAAGCACGAAAAGGACUGCGACAUUUGCGGGGCAAGAGUCGAGGACAAAAAUCUUAUUCGGCACCAAGGAACGCGCAAGUGCAAGCAAGCAAGGCGCGGCAGGUUGCAAACCCAUUGA